CCUGAGGACCAUGGACAGCCGAAUAAACAGUGACAGCAAACGAAGGGGAAAUUCAUGUAAACAAAAUGAUUGUCAGACGUUUGUUUUCAUUUUUUUGCUCAAUUUAUUUAAAGGACCAUUGAUAAUAUUGUACAUUUGCUAGGGAACUAAUACAGCAAAAAAAUACCAAUACACCUUCUUGAAACCACAUUACUUUUGCAAGUGUCAAAACAGUGCCGAAAUUAUUGACGUGUAAGUUUCUUAUCACAUCAACAAUUGGCAGCGAAAACUGUCUGUUUCUAUGAAAAAAUAUUUAAUUUCCUCCUGACAGUAGUAAAUAUUCGCUAAUGAACUUUAUAAAAAGUGGUUUGCAGUCAGUGCUGGGUUCUCAGGAACCUGGGGCGCUGCAAAGUGGUGCCGAAACGGUGGAACGGCUAGUGGAACGAGUGAGUGCUUCGACACUACUCGAGGAUCGCCGCGAUGCUUGCAGAGCGCUCAGGGCUCUUUCGAAAAAAUAUCGCGUGGAAGUGGGAGCCCAAGGUAUGCACGCUCUUCUCCAAGUAAUGGAAAUGGAUAGAGCCGAUCCGGAGAUAAUUGGGUACUGCUUGGACACCCUCUGUCAUAUCACUUCUCGGGAACAGUUCGAAGAAGAAGCGGACAACCCAAGCGUGACGGUCAACAUAGGAGAACAAUUUACGGAGAUGUUCCUCAAGUCGAACGAGAAUGUGAACUUGAUUUUGAAUUGUCUGGAAGAGUACGAUUUUAGGGUUCGCUGGUCGGCUAUUAAGUUGUUGACCAGUUUGUUAGCGAACAAACCGAAGGACAUACAGGAAAUCGUUCUUGUUAGCCCAAUGGGCGUUUCCAAGUUGAUGGAUUUGCUGGUUGACAGCCGAGAAGUUAUUAGAAAUGAUGUAUUGCUACUGUUGAUACAGCUUACCAAAGGAAACGCAAACAUCCAAAAAAUUGUAGCUUUUGAAAAUGCUUUCGAUCGAUUGUUUGAUGUUAUCAAGGAGGAAGGAUGCGCAGAUGGUGGAAUUGUCGUGGAGGAUUGUUUAUUUCUGAUGAUGAACUUGCUUAAAAACAAUCCCAGUAAUCAGCAGUUCUUCAAAGAAGGAUCCUACAUCCAGCGGUUGGCACCAAUGUUUGUUAUUUCACCAGAGCAGGAAGAAAUCGGUAUGACACCACAGAAAGUUUCCAAUUUACUGUGUAUGCUGCAGAUCGUGCGAUCUUUGGUCAGCCCCAUCAAUUCUCAGCACGUGAUCUCUUCUUGCCAAAAAGCAAUGCGAAGCUCUGGCCUUCUGGAAGGUUUGUGCAACAUCAUAAUGGGAAGUGGUGUAUCGCCGGACAUUCUCACGGAAACUAUCAACACGGUAGCUGAAGUAAUCCGUGGGGAUACACAUAAUCAGGAGUAUUUCAAUUCCGUAUUAGCUCCCAGCAAUCCGCCUAGACCAGCCUUAAUCGUGUUGCUCAUGUCGAUGGUUAAUGAAAAACAGCCGUUACCGUUACGGUGUGCCGUGUUGUACUGCUUCCAAAGCUUCCUGUACAGGAACGAAUCCGGUCAAAAUGCUCUCGUUCAAACUCUCCUACCAUCUAGCGCACAGGUUUCGUCACUAACUUCCGGUCAACUUUUGUGCGGGGGGCUGUUCAGCAAUGAUCCGCUCUCCAAUUGGUUCUCGGCUGUUUCUUUAGCGCAUGCCCUCAUUGAUAACACAGCCCAAAAGGAACAGCUGCUGCGUGUUUUGCUGGCCACUUCAGUCGGCAGUACGCCGGUAUCGUUGCUCCAACAGUGCACCCAACUUCUUCAGCAAGCUAACUGCAAGUUUCAAAACAAAGUAGCGUUACUGAUGCUACUGGUGGUGUGGCUUAGCCAUUGCCAGCUGGCUGUUAAAACAUUCCUAUCGACAUCCGGCAGUGUAGCUUAUCUCAUCGCACAAAUUUCCGCCAACGAACACGACGAUAACGAAUACCUAAUCCAGGGAUUGUGCGCCUUUCUGAUGGGGAUCUGCAUUCAGUUCAACGAUAACGGUGUUCAGGGAAGCAAGAGGGAAGAUCUCUGUCAGCUGCUGAUCAAGCGGAUCGGGCUCGAGACGUACAGCACGAAGCUGGGUGAGGUUUCGAAGCACGAGAGCUACAGCCGAGCUUCGAAACAGCCGCAAAUAAAGAUACAGUCGAGGUCGGAUCUGCUGCUGGAUUAUGAAUUCUGCAAACUGUUCAAAGCUUUGGAGUCUACUAUAAUCAAAACCGUGAACGGUUUUGGCAGUGGAGAGGAAAAUAUUACGGAGCUGACAUUAAGUCAGGAAGCAUCUGGACUGGUUGGGCAAUAUAAAGAUAUAAUUCGAGAUCAAGAUAGUCGGUUACAAACUCUGCAGGAACAACUGAAGAAUGCAGAGAGUGGAGCAGCGCAGCUGCAGGCACAACUUGAGCAAGUGCGGAACGCAAAUUCCCAACUAUCCGAUCAGAACAUUCUCCUGAAGGCUCAACUGCAGGCCGCUUCCGAUCUACAGAAGAGUCAACAACCAUCUCCCCUGCAUCUCCUACCCACGCAAGCCGAAAGUGUCAACCACCAGACGGAGGCCCUAGAAAGACAGCUGACCGCGCUCAGCCUGCAGCAAGAGGAACAGCAAUCGAAGGCGAAUCGUUUCGAGGCGGAGAACAAGCGACUGCUGGGAGAAAUGGAAAUUCUGAAGCAACAGCUGGAGGAAGCGGUAAAAUCAACGCACGAAAGCAAGAGCGAUCUGGAGAAACUGAGGAAAGAUCAGGAGGAUUUGCUGGAGCUGCUGACGGAUCAGGAGAGCAAGAUGAGAAGUUACCGGAGGACCCUCAAGAAAAUGGGCUGCCAAGUGGAGGACGAUAGCGAUGAAGAUGAACAGCAUAAUCAUAUCGAGGAAGGGAGCAAUGGUUCACUAUUAUAAUGUCGACAUUCUUAUUUGUGUCAAGUUGCUUGUUCUGACACUAUGUCUACGUUUCUAUUUUAGAUUGUCGUACAAUUUGUGUUUGUGUUGCACAUAAGGCUGGAUAUGCGUGUAACUAGAAGUUUAUAGACCUUGAGAGUUUCUGCGUUUAUGAACUGCAUUACAUUUAAAACCAAAAAGAAAAAAAAUGAUUAUGUAGUGAACAGUAUUGGAAUAUAUUGAAUACUUGCGUAACUUCAAAUUCAUAGGUUUUUGUGUAUAGAAUUUACCUUAGAACAAUUCCUUAGCAUAAAAUGACCAGAUGGUCAGAGGUCUAACGCGAGACACAAAAAACAAAA